CUGCAUGUUUUGAAUCAUUUGUUUUAUAUAUAUACAUGCAUGUAAUGCAUAUAUGUAUAUGUAUAUGUAUAUGUAUAUGUUUUUAUGUUUAUAAUGUAGUUUACCAUGUGAGGGGUGGGUGGGUUAUGAAUGUGAAACCAAACAUGUUAGGCACUAAUGCUAUGUUUGAUUGACAGGAAAAUAGUGAUGAAAGUAAAAUCAAAGUUUUCUUUUGAAAAAUCUUGCCCUGUUUUUUUCUUCUUCCAAGUCAAAGUUUUUUCCAAAUCUUUUCCACUAGAAAUGGAAAACUUGAAAGCCCCUUUUAAGGGUAUUGCAAAUGAUGUUAAAGGAAGAGCAGGUUGCUAUAAACAAGAUUGGAUUACUGGUCUUCGUUCAGGACUGGGGAUAUUAGCCCCAACUACCUAUAUCUUCUUUGCUUCUGCUCUCCCCGUUAUCGCCUUUGGAGAGCAACUGAGCCGAGAUACAGAUGGGAGCCUAAGCACGGUUGAAACGUUGGCAUCGACUGCCCUUUGCGGUAUUCUACACUCGAUAUUCGGUGGCCAACCACUUUUGAUUCUUGGAGUUGCAGAGCCAACUGUUAUCAUGUAUACAUAUUUGUAUAACUUUGCAAAAGGAAGAGAUGACUUGGGGCAGGAACUAUACUUGGCUUGGGUCGGAUGGGUUUGUGUUUGGACUGCUCUCUUGUUGUUUCUGCUUGCAGUAUUCAAUGCUUGCACGGUAAUUAAUAGGUUCACAAGGAUUGCAGGCGAGCUUUUCGGCAUGUUGAUCAGUGUUCUGUUUAUUCAAGAGGCUAUCAAGGGAGUUGUGAGUGAAUUUCAAGUUCCCGAACAUCAAGACGCGAAGUUAGAGAAGUAUCAAUUUCAAUGGCUUUACACAAAUGGAUUGUUGGGAAUCAUAUUCUCGCUUGGCCUUCUCUAUACUGCCUUGAAAAGUCGAAGGGCGAGGUCAUGGUGGUAUGGCACAGGGUGGUUUAGAAGCUUCAUUGCAGAUUAUGGGGUACCUUUAAUGGUUGUAGUGUGGACAGCAAUGUCAUUUAGUGUACCAAGCAAAGUUCCUUCUGGGGUUCCAAGAAGGCUUUUUAGUCCUCUGCCAUGGGAAUCUGCGUCAACACAACAUUGGACCGUAAUUAAGGAUAUGGGAAGGGUCCCUCCAUUGUACAUCUUUGCUGCAUUUAUUCCAGCUGUGAUGAUUGCAGGACUUUACUUUUUCGACCACAGCGUUGCUUCGCAAAUGGCACAACAAAAGGAAUUCAAUCUCAAGAAUCCAUCUGCAUAUCAUUAUGACAUUUUGCUGCUCGGAUUCAUGACUUUACUUUGUGGACUAAUCGGCCUCCCUCCUUCGAAUGGAGUCCUACCACAGUCUCCUAUGCAUACUAAGAGCCUUGCAGUUCUCAAAGGGCAGGUCAUCCGACGAAAAAUGGUGGAGAGUGCGAAAGAAAGCAUAAAGCUGAAAGCUAGUGACUCCGAAAUAUAUGGCAAGAUGCAAGCGGUCUUCAUCGAAAUGGACAAGAGUCCAGAAACUGCAGUUGUUAAAGAGUUAGAAGACUUGAAGAAGGUUGUUAUGAAAGGUGAAAAUGAAGGAGAAAUAAAAAAGGAAACAUUUGAUCCCGAAAAGCAUAUUGAUGCCUACUUGCCGGUUCGAGUUAACGAACAGAGAGUGAGCAAUCUUUUGCAGUCACUCCUAGUUGCUGCAUCAGUAUGCGCUAUGCCUGCAAUCAAGUUGAUACCUACAUCGGUUCUUUGGGGAUAUUUCUCGUACAUGGCCAUUGAUAGUCUUCCCGGUAAUCAGUUCUGGGAAAGGAUGUUACUUCUCUUCAUCACACCUACCCGGCGAUACAAGGUGUUGGAACAUGUUCAUGCUUCAUUCGUGGAGUCAGUACCGUACCGAUUUAUGGCAAUGUUUACACUCUUCCAGUUCAUAUAUCUCCUCAUAUGCUUUGGUGUAACAUGGAUUCCUAUAGCUGGAAUCUUGUUUCCAUUGCCCUUCUUCCUUCUCAUCAUCAUAAGGCAAUACAUUCUCCCAAAGCUCAUUCUCCCAAAUUAUCUCCGUGAACUCGAUGCGGCCGAAUAUGAGGAGCUUACCGGUGCCUUCCCAAGAACAUCCCUCAGCUUCUCUUCAAGGGAAAUGGAUAUAUCUCGUCUUGAGAAUGAGGCUGAUGCAGUUGAAAGGUUUGAUGCUGAGUUAUUAGAUGAGUUGACAACAAGCAGAGGAGAGUUAAAGCUCCGAACUGUUAGCUUCAGUGAGGAGCGGAAGGGCCAGGUAGGAUGCUCCAGUUUUUUCGUACCUGUGUUCGGCAUUCAUGUGUGACAUAUAAGCACAAUGAUAUGACUUUCAAAAAUAUCCCAAAUACAUUAAAAAACUCAAAAAAACUCUAACCAUACGCUUGUGACAUGCAUGUCUAUAUCCAAUACUCGUACUUGCGAUUGAGUAACAUAGCUUCUUCGUGCAUGAUAAUUUUUUGACUAUAUUUCUUUAAGUCUUUAUUUUUCUUAAAUUAUUUAUAUCUAACAUUCGUAUUUUACACAUAGGGAUAUGACCUUGAAGAAUCCUUUACAUACAUGAAUCAACUUAGAAAAACCUAACCAUACCCGUAAUAACAUAAUUUUUUCAUGCAUGAUUAUCUUGCCAAUGAAUUUUGUAUAACAAUGUCUUUUAUAUUUGUAUUUUGCAGGUUUAUCCAAAGGAUAUUGU